AUGGCUGCCUCACUGUGGCGCUGGCGCUGCCUCGCUGUCGCUGUCGCUGUCGCUGUCGCUGUCGCUGUCACUCGCAGGUCGAUCGCAGACGCGAGCGGCGACGACCUGGGCGAGGGCGAAAAGCAAAUCAAUACCGCGCGCACAGCCCAGGUAUUCCCAGACAGUCUGAAUAUGGUGGAAUUGCUCAGCGUGCCAAGCACCUUUGCGGGGCACACGCGCUCGGAGCAGUGGCAGUUCUUCCUGCACUCGGUGUGGAUGGUUGUGCCGGCGCUCUUGGUUCUCUUUCCUGCGGCGCUGAGCUGGCAUCCACGUGGGAUCGUGCUGGCUUCGCCGUGGGCUUCCCUCCUCAGCCACGUCGCCUCUCUGGCUCACUGGAGCGACUACAAGCCCGGAGGGACGGUGCAGAAGGUGGACGUCGCGCUCGCGCUGGCCGUGAUGCUCACAGCCUUCUCGGACGGGUGGGCGGUGCUCGGUCUGGUGGCGCUUCCUCUGGGCGAACGUCGAUUCCUCUGGGCGAUGAGCGCGGCUCUCGCCCUGCUCGCGGCGCUUGACGUGAGGCACAGGCAGCUGUUUGGCACCACGCACGUCGCCGGCACGGUGAUCCACCACACCCUCCGCCACGUCGGAUACUACUACGUGCUGUUCGUCUGUGGCGAGCCCACGGGCGGCCCUCAGGCGAGGGCCCUGCUGCUGGCGGGCCCGAUAGCGCACGUUGUGCUCUGCGCAGCAAGCGGCUCCCGCUGGCUGCGCCUCGACGAGCGCUCGGCGCCAGCCUCCGUUGGCGAGUGCGCCGCCGGGCUGGCGCUCUCGUACGGCGCGGUGGCGACGACGCUGAGCCUCACCAGGACAAUCCGAUAA